ACUCGAAAAUGUAAUUGAUCGAAUCCAACCAUUGGCACCUUCACGAGCAAAAUCAGCAUGUGAGAAAGAAGCAGCUCUCCAUAUACGACCUGCAAAUUCCAUCUCGUUUGGGUCCAAUCCGUCUUCCUUUCAUUUGCUCGCUCUUGAAAUACACGGAAAAGUAGUAAUCAGUGAGAAAUUUACACUCUCUAUUCUCCUGUAAUAUGGUGAAGAAUCUCCAGCAAAGUAUUACUGGUCUGAAAUUAUUAUGGUUCUUCGAUUUUCGUCAUACGGUACCAAUUCUGGAACCCUAGCCUCUUCCUCAGCAGCUCAAAAGGAGAAGGACGAUCUGUACCAAAGGUUGUUACCAUAUGCGCCCUCUACUGUGUCCAUGACUCCAAUUAUUAACCAAUGGGUUCGCGAAGGGAAGACCGUGGAGUAUGCAGUCCUCAAAAAAGCUAUCAAACAGCUUAGGGCAUAUCGGCGUUUCAAGCAUGCUCUCCAGAUUUAUGAAUGGAUUGACAACUCGAAGCAUCUUUGUAUAACACCUGGAGAUGUGGCAGUCCGACUGGAUUUGAUAUCAAAAGCUCAUGGUCUGGAAGCAGCAGAGGAGUAUUUCGCUAGCAUUCCAGAUAAUCUGAGAUCUUCUUAUGUAUAUGGCGCUCUUUUGAACUGCUAUGCUGAUGCAAAAUCAUUGAUGAAAGCAGAAGGUACAAUGCAAAAGAUGAGGGAUCUGGGGAAUACUGACUUAGUGACUUACAAUGUUAUGAUGAACCUAUAUGCUAAAAUGGGAGACCUUGAGAAACUACAGUCGUUAGUGCAAGAGAUGGAAGAUAAGGGAAUUGCUGGUAAUGUAAUCUCCUAUACUAUCCGCUUAAAUGCAUAUGUAUCUGUUCCUGAUGUAAAGGAGAUGGAGAAACUUUUGAUGAAGAUGGAAGAGGAUUCUUUGCUGAUUGAUUGGAAUGCUUAUGCAGUCACUGCCAAUGGAUACAUGAAAGCUGGAGAUGUAGAAAAGGCUUCAAAGGUAUUAAGAAAAUGUGAGCUCCUAGGUAAGGGGAAAAAUGCAAGGGUUGCUAAUGAAAGCAUGCUAUGCCUCUACGCUAGUAUGGGCAAGAAGAAUGAUGUCUAUCGUAUAUGGAAGAAAUUAAAGAAUAGAGGUAAGGUCUACAGUUCAAGUUAUCUUUCCAUGAUAAGUGGACUGGAAAAGUUAGAUGAUAUUGAUGGUGCAGAGAAGAUAUUUGCCGAGUGGGAAGCGAAAGAGGUAUAUUUUGAUGCUAGAAUUCCAAAUUUGCUCAUAGCCGUUUACUGCAGAAAGGGUCAUUUAGAAAAGGCUGAAUCUAUUAUAGAAAGACUCUUGGAGAGUGGGAAGAGGCCAAACUAUAGGACAUGGGAUCGUCUGGCACUCGGAUAUUAUUCACACAAUCAGAUGGAGAAGGCAGUUGAAACAUUGAAGAAGGCGAUCUUGGCAAGUAUGCCCCUGCGGACACCAAAUAUUCACAGUUGGGCUCCGUGCAUUGAUUACUUCCAGUCGAAUGGAGAUACUGUAAGAGCAGAAGAGAUUAAAAGAUUGCUCAAGGAGCGAGGCAUGUUCUCAGCAGGGUAUGAAAAGGUUGGAGAACUACAAUAGAAAUGGAAAAUGUGGGUCUGAAGAACUUGACUAAAUGGAAGAAGAACUUGGAGAGACUGGAUAAUGGUUGUUGUAGGAAUAUCUCUAGAGUACUGGAUGGAGGAUUAAUUGUGUUUUGAUGUUAGACUAGAAUAUUAGAACUGUUAAGUUCUUAAAUAUCAUAUUGUUCACAUUUGACAAAUACCAUAUGUAUAUAGGUGGAUGUAUAUAAAACAGGUGCGUCUUGUAUUCAUCAAAAUUACCUUUCAAUCAAUAUAAUCUUACAAAUUAUUUCCCUCAA